CUCAAACUGAGCCGACACUCCUCAUCUUCCUCGGUUCGGCACUUCGGCUCGUCCUCCUCGCGGCGAAACCCUAGCCCGCCGCCAUGGACGAUCCCUCCUCCGCCUCCAACAAGCACAAGCACAAGCGGGGGCGCAAGCCCAAGGCAUCGCCGCCCUCCCCCGACCACUCCUCCCCCUCUCCCUCGGUCGCCCCCGCUCCGGCUGGGCGCCGUGGCCGCAAGCCGCGACGUCAUGAGGCCCUCGCCGACGUGGACGCCACGCGUCCUCCAUCUCCACCCCGCCGCGGGGAGCCGAAGCCGGUGGCAAACGGAGGCGAUGUGGUGGCAGUGGCAGAGUCAGGCCCCGCGAGCUGGGAUGAGGUGGUGAGGGUAGUGCCAUGCAUGGACGCUGUGGUCAAGGUGUUCUGCGUGCACACGGAGCCCAACAUCUCGCUACCGUGGCAGCGGAAGCGGCAGUACUGCUCCAGCAGCAGCGGAUUUAUCAUCAGCGGCCACCAUGUCCUCACCAAUGCUCACUCCGUGGAGUACCUUGCCACCGUCCUGGCCAUCGGCACAGAGUGCGACAUUGGAGUUUCACCUAUUGAGUUUGGAACAUUACCAGUCCUUCAGGAUGCAGUUACUGUUGUUGGCUAUCCAAUUGGAGGAGAUACCAUAUCCGUGACAAGUGGAGUGGUCUCUAGGAUAGAAAUGCUUUUAUAUGUUCAUGGUUCUAUAGAACUUCUAGGAUUGCAGAUAGAUGCAGCUAUUAAUUCAGGAAAUUCAGGUGGCCCAGCUUUUAAUGAUAGGGGAAAAUGUGUCGGUAUAGCUUUUCAGUCUCUUAAACAUGAAGAUGCGGAGAACAUAGGUUAUGUGAUACCGACUCCAGUUAUUACACAUUUCAUUGAGGACUACAAAAAUCUAGAGAAUACACAGGCUGCAAUUGAGUACAUUCAUUCUUUAUCAAGGGCACAGCCUGCUCAUUCUCUCAAUGGUGUUGGUCUUUGUCCUGCUAGUAGAUCACUUAGCACCCAUGCCGCCACUAUGUCAAGCACACCACAGUUGAAAGCACACCACGUCAAGCACCCAGGCUGCCACUACGUCAAGCAAAACAGAAGACGAGAAGAACUGAUGUAGCCAUGUUCAUGCUUCCACUGUUGAAAUGCAUAUUCAGCAUAGCUUGCUCAGCUCCUAUCUGCUAUUUCAACGUUGAUUUAAAAGAUGAGCUGGUAGUUGUGGGCUUUUGAACAAUAGUUGGAGUGAUAUGAAACAUUAGUGAUGUAGUUGUGGGCUUUUAAACUGCUUCAAGCUAGAGUGAUAUCGCUGUGGUGCUUUUGUG